CCGAUUACCAUUUUCAGAAUUCGUGCGAUCGUUUUGACGAAAAGUCGUACAUUGCGUAAAAAAGUGCGCACAGAGUGCGUGUGUGUGCAUUCCGAGUAGAUCGCAUUCUAUGUCGAUCCUAUCAUUUCACUAUACGAGUUUGGCCAACUGCAACGUCACAGCUAUGCUCGAAAUCUGAUGGACCUGUAUCUUGUUGUUUGUUUUGAAAGCGAACUAUUUUAGUUUUUUUUUUAUUAUCAUUUCGUUACGAUUCUAGCCGUGUCGCCCACUCGAAGGAUUAUUUCUCGAAAUGGAAUCGUUGCAAAAAUACUGCCUGCGAUGGAACAACUACCAGACGAACCUGGUCAGCGUGUUCGACGAAAUGCUCAAAAACGAGAACUUCGCCGACGUAACCGUGGUGACCAACGGAGGCGACCGUUUCAGGUGCCACAGGAUGCUCCUGGCAGCCUGUUCCAAAUUUUUCCAGGAGAUAUUCGUGAGCGUGCCUUGCGAGCACCACCUCGUGGUUCUCCUGAAGGACGUCAGAUCCUCGGAUAUGCGACAUAUACUGGAAUACAUGUACACGGGCGAGGUAAACGUCGGACAAGACGAAAUAUCGUCCAUUAUACGAACAGCUGAGGAAUUGAAGAUCAAAGGAUUAACCGGUGAAGACAAAAGCGGAAGGAAAGACGAGGAACACGAACCUAUGGAAGAAGCGCCACCCAGUAGACCAUCAUCGAACCACGCACAUACCGUCGUACACAGCAGUAGCAACAUGCAUUCUCCUCCCCAUUCCACCAACUCCAUGUACAAGAACCCCUACACGAACAUGUAUAGCAAGAUGCACCCUAACGAAAGAGCCAAUAUGAACCUACCAAUGUGGCACGUACCCGGAUUACCCCAUCACCAACCACCAGCGUCAGAAAGUCCAUCCUCCAACCAUUUCUCAGUACCUUCUCCACCGACCAUGAUGCCCGCCUACGAAUCACCAAACGCCGAAGUCUACCACCACCGCAGGAAGAAGUUCUCCAGCAUGAUGAUGCCGAAGGACACACCGAUCUUGAGGACCGUCCUAGGACAGGGCCAGGCCGAUUCUUCUCAACCCGUCAGCCUGGUCGUCAACCACGGCGACCAGAAGGAAGAACACGCGGACCAAGAAUGCCUGAAGAAGCACAUGAAAGAAGAACCCUUAGAAGCCUCGACAUCGCCAUACUCCGACCACCAUUCCACCAACGGCGAAGACGUCAAACCCAGCCUUUCCGCAUCGUCGCCCUUCUGCAUGUCCGACAUGAGGCUAGCCUCAUCCGGCAUAGCCAACUACGUCCCUCCCCAGAAACCCGAAUGGAAGAGAUACAAGCAAUACUCCAGAGAAAACCUCAAUUGCGCCAUACAAGCCGUUUCGGCGGGCACCAUGUCAGCCUUGCAAGCCGCCAAAAAGUUCAACGUGCCAUCCAGAACCCUCUACGACAAAGUUAAAAAAUUGGGCAUCGUGACCUCGAAGAUCUACAGGAAAGGUACGAACGGCAACUUCCGGUACACGAUGAACAGACAGACGGAAUCGCCGUAUCGCGCGUCAGAAAGCGAGGAAUCUCCUGUGAACAACAACUCCAGGAAUUUCCUGCAACAGGCUAUAGAUAACAGAGGAGAAGACGCCUUGAAGGCUAUGGCCAUGGUGGCGGCCAUGCAUGCCGCUGCUUCCCAACACCAAUCUCAGCCCUUAAACCAAGGGUUCGACACUGAUCCAAGCCCGGCUUUGCUGAGAUACAUCCAGCAAAGGGUGCAAUCUAGAUCUUCUUCAACAGACGAUGAAAAUCCUCACUCUGGCGACACAAAUGGGAGAUGCGUCGAGAAAGACGAAGACCAAGUUGAAGAUUUAUCGGUUAACAAGAGGCAAGAAGGCGUCAUAGUAUCGCCAUCAGUGCACCAAGUGUCAGCCAUCGUGAGAAACGAAGAAGUUCAAAAAGAACCCAACGAAGAAACAAACAGAGCGAUGUGCGUCGAGGAAACUGCUUGAAUUGAUGGUCUCGAAACUGCUGACAUAGUUUUAACGAACCAGUGUUAAGUUUUAUUCUAUAUAGUUUAUGUUUUUGUAUAAUACCUGCGAAAUAGUGGCUGGCGUCUGCAAUCCAAUCAACGUCACAGACUGUAUUCAGUGCAAUAUGUCGUCGUACUCAUGUUAGUCUUAAUUUUUCUUAGCCUUAGUUUUUUUUCUCGCAGUGCCUGUAAAAGCUUCGUACUGGACCAGCUCAAGAAUAUAGCUGAUGAGUUCCUGUUCGGGAUGUAGGUAACUAAUAAGACUGAUAGAUUUUAAUCGAUUCAUUCAAGACUGAUUAACGAAAGCGUAUAUUUUAUGGUACCAGUACUUUGCGACUUUGAGAGGUGUAAAUUAGUUGUUUUAAGUAUACUUUUUUAAGAUUGAGCUGUACAUAAUAUUGCUGGAAGGCAUCAAGACUUGCUGAGAGGUGCUUUAUGAUUCUGGGGGGCUGCCGAUCGAUCAAUGAAAAAUUCAAGUAUUCCCUAAUUUUUCUAUAUUUUUUUUUCAUUAUUUUUCGCCUCACAGACGAGGUUCACCUUGAGCUUUACAUCGAUCAGAUCAGCAAAAACGUAUCGUAUUGAAUAGGAAUUUUCCGACUUAAAACUUGCAAUAACUUCUGCUUGAUUCACCAGGCCCCCCAUUAAGAGUUGAACUCUCUUUAACUGUAAAAUAUUUUGUGAUUAAAUGUUAUUUCUUAGGGUUUGGUUUUGGGUAUGAGAUGUAUUUACGUAGUUUCGCAGUGUUAAACGUGCAUUUUUUGAGUUUUUACAUUGGAAUUUCAAACUGUUGAGCUGAUUUCAAAGAUGCUCAUUUCCUUUUGGCAUGGGCGUAGUUGGCGGAAGGGCUAUGCUCCCUAAAUCGUUAACGCGGUCCUUGCUGGUUGAUUGGGGACCAAAUCUAACAAAUGUUUCAAUCAAUCGUGCCUAGAUUUAAAUAUGUAUCAAACUCGAAUAGAUGAGCACCUGAAUAGUUGAAUUUCGAGACAACAGGUACAACUCGAAGAUUUCUAUGCGGUAAAAAUGUUUUUCGAAAAAUCACUAUGUAAAUUAUGUAAAGAAAGUUGGAUAGUUGUUUGAUUAUGCACAUUCAAUGUUUAUAGCACACUGUUUUCAAGUUUGUUAUGGAUGUAUAUUGAAUUUGUACCACUUGUGAAAGGUUUGAAUUUUAGCAAUAGUUACGAACGAUAUAGGAUCGGCCAUUUUGAUAAGCCAUAGCUGUGAUUUUCUAGACUGACACUCUUGACUCACAUAUUUAGCUUCAUUGUAACAGACUGGUUAAGCCUAGUCACAAGGUAUUCAUCUGAGAUGCAAGUGCAAUUUAUUCACAAGAAAAUAGUUAAGCACCCUUCAUAUAUUUUCAACCAUUCGCCGACAUUUUUGUUCUCAAUUUAGAAGACUGAUUCACCGUGAAAUGAAAUUUCUGAACGAAUCAUCGUGUGCCUUUUGGGAUUUCUUACGAAAGUGGUUACAUUCCAUCCAUUUUUAAGGAUCGUUUUAGCAGUUUUUGAAUCGUACAAUACUAAGUGCUUUUUUGAAAAUAUAUGUUUCGCAAUUAUUUCGUAAGACUGAUAUAUUUGUUACCUUAAUUGUUAAAGAUACGUUAGAAAAAUUGGAUUGUUUUUGAUUAUCAAUUUCUUCAGUUAACAAUAAUGUUCAUUGCUGACGGAAAAUUAAUGAUUAUGCUUUACAUGAAUCAACUACCUCAAAUGUUAAGUUAUAUAUCAAUUUGAAUGUUGUAUAUACUGGUAAUCAUGUCAUUUAUAUGAAACCGCUAUUUUAUUACAAGGUACCAUGUGUUCUUUUACAUUUACUUUAUUUAGACUGCGUAUUGUUAAAUAUUAUUUUUUUUUAAAUAGGUACACAUUAUUUUAAUGUUAUUGUUAGACAUAGUAAAUUUAUAUAUAGCACUGCACGUAUGUAUUGCAUCCAUUAUGAGUAAGAGAAAAUCGAAAUAGAUAUAUUAUAUAUUCGAA